AUGAAGAAACACCGUAUUGAUAUGAAUCUCAUGGUCGAUUAUAAACCUGAAAUGUUCCUAGCCAAUGUUCCGAAGUUAGUUGCAACGGCGAAGGAUGCGGAACUCAUCUGUAUUCUCAUUGCGGCGCUCAGUAAUGAGCGAAGUGCGUGGUGCGAUGGAGAUGCGCAGAAUGAGGCGAAGUGCGGUGUCAACCGAGUGACCGAGCUGCUGGCUGAGGAGGUUCUCAAAUUGCCUGAUGAUCGUCGUGUAGAGAUGUUUGUUGUCUUACUGUCAGCGCUUCUGAAAUCGUCGCCACCACAAGUGGAAAAAAAAGCGGCGUACGCAUCAUGCAACAGGAGGGGACCAGUAAAAGUUGCGGAAGUGUCGAAUCGUGAUCCAAAGGAGUACGUGCCCCUUCUCAAUGAGCUAAGAAAGCGUUGGUGCUUCUCUAGCUUAAAGUUACCCUUAUGGUGA